CUCGCCGUGUUGGUUUCCGCUUCUGCUUCUCCCCGCAAAUCUCCGAUGGCCGCCGCCGCCGCCGCGCCGCUCCGCAGGCUGCUCCUCCGCCUCGGCAAGCCGCCGCCGCUGCCCAUUCCGCUGCUGCCCCAUAUCACGCCGCAAACCGCACAGGCCGCCGGGGACCCCGCCGCGCCUCCUUGCCCAGGCGCGAUCCCGAGCCAAGCCCCGGCGAGGAAUCUCCGUGACGUCAUCUCCUCCUUCCACCCCGGGCUCCAGAUUUACCCGUCCCUCGAUCCGAGAUUCGGGGAGGUGGAGGAGGGCGUGGACGGCGAGGGGGGUGGCGCGGAGGUGUGGGCGGACAGCGUGAAGAAGAAGCGGAAGCGCAAGAUGAACAAGCACAAGCUCCGCAAGCUACGGAAGCGCCUCCGCCGCCAGACAUAGAGCGGGCCGCCGCCGCCGCCGCCGCACGUGGGCCCAAGGAUUUUACUUGCAAGCAAGCACUCGACACCGCUCCCUCACUGGAUACAAGCUGAUUAUUUCUAGCAGUUUUUAUUUGAUUAUGGGAGGGGCUGGUUUAAUACCAGCCUUCGAUUGUUGGCACGGGGUAUCCAUCUAGGAACCCUGUCAAGACUAAAUGAAAAUGAGCACCAGGAAGCAGUGGUUUAUGCAUGAAUUUCUGUCUAAUAAAACUUUUAAUGAUUAACUCUGGUGGUAAUUUGCCCUUCUCUUUUGUUCUUUUCCUAUAAUGAUGCUACUAUAACCCAUAUAUACAGAUCAUGGUGUCUCUGAAAACAUUCAUCAAUUGGUUGAGAGCUA